AUGGCGAAGAAUGACGCCACUCUAAGGAAUUUAGAGAAUCAAGUGGGCCAGCUUGCUACUGAACUUAGGAACUAUCCACAAGGUGCUCUUCCUAGUGAUACAAAAAAUCUGAGAAAUCCAGGGAAGGAGCAUUGUAAAGCACUAACAUUGAGGAGCAGAAAAAUGGUAGAGCCCAACAUCAUUGAAGCUGAAAAGGAGCAUGCUGAAGCUCAAGAUUCGGAAGAAGUUCAACCAAGUGUUGGAGUUCCUAUUCCACUAGAACUAGAACCUGUAAUACCUGAAAAGAGAAGGCUUGGAGAAUUUGAGACGGUAGCUUUGAUAAAGGAAUGCAGUGAAAAUCUUCAAGACAAAUUACCCCCUAAGCUGAAGGAUCCUGGGUGUUUUACCAUUCCAUGCAACAUUGGUGCAGCUUAUUUUGGUAAGGCACUAUGUGACUUGGGCGCAAGUAUCAACUUGGUGCCUAUGUCGAUAUUUAAGAAGUUGGGGAUAGAUUUCGAAGCAGAUAAAGAAGUACCAAUUAUCCUAGGGAGACCGUUCUUAGCAACUGGAAGGACACUUAUUGAUGUCCAGAAGGGCGAACUUACUAUGCAUGUUCAGGAUGGUAAGGUAACAUCUAACAUUUUCAAGUCAAUGCGAUUUCCUGAAACAAUAGAUGAUUGUUCUGCAGUAUCCAACUUAGAGGAUUUAAUAGUGGAGAAGGAACUCAACUCUGUUGAGGAUCCUCUGGAAAGAAUUUUGACAUCAGACCCUCCAAGUGAUGAAGAGGAGGAUGAAAACUUAGCUCUGCUAGAAGCUAAUCAAAAGGGAUUUAAUCCACAAUCCCGUUUUGAAUCUUUGGAUUUAGAGGAGAGAGAUUACACAUAG